UAUUACUUUUGUGUAAGUAUUUCCUUUAUAUUUUAUAUUUCAUUUUAUAUUUUCAUUUAUAUUUCAUAUUUUUUAUUUCUUAUGUUAUUGUAUUUAUUUUUUGUUUAAAAAGUGUGUGAAAUGGAGGAAGGAGAACCUGGACCGUCUGGCGAAUCUCCAAGAAAGAGAAAUCCAUCGGGAAAGGUAAGCUGGCGUUAUGAAGAUAUAUAAUUUAAAUUAAUUUUUUAAAUUUUCGGCAUUUCAACUGCGAAACAUUUCUUUUUUCUGUACAUAAAAUAUGUGUAUUUGAAAUCGUACGUAAUUGUUUUUGUAGUUCGUUGUAUCUUCGCAAAGAAUGAUGAUCGUAAACCUGUACGAAAGUCUGAAGGUGGACCAUUCGGAAAUGAGGUAUAGACCUCUCAUACGAAUGAUAUCUGGACAGACUGGAAUCGGUCAAUUAACAGUUUCCAAGGCUAUUUCGGAAUAUAAGGCUACAGGAAGCGUUACGUCCCCAUAUAAAAAAAGACCGCGGAUGAAUAUUUUGGAAAAGACGUCCGAACAUGAUAUACUGGCCAUAAGGAAGAAGGUACAUGAGUUUUGGUUGCGACGGGAAAUUCCGAACGGUCAUAAAAUAUUGCAAGCCGUGAACCUGGAUCCAGAGCUUCCAAAUUUUAGUCGAACGUCGCUAUACCGCCUUUUAAAGCGAAUGGAGUUCAAGUAUAUGGUUAGCGCGCGUAAUAACGCGCUCAUAGAGAAGGAGAAUAUUAUCGCCUGGAGGCAGGAAUACAUAGAAAACAUCCAAAAAUAUCGUGCUGAAGGACGGCCAAUUUACUACCUCGACGAAUCGGGGAUAAACGCAGGAGAUGUCCGAAGAAAACUUUGGGCGGACACUUCCGUUUCCUGCCCCGCAAACGCGGAAGAAAAGAGCCUGUCCACGGGCAUACGACCCCCCGCAAAUAGAGGCCAACGCUUAAUAAUAGGACAUGUCGGGUCAUCGGAUGGGUUCGUACCUGGAGCCCUCCUUUGUUUCCAAUCCAAAAAAAAUGUGGAAGACUACCACGGUGAAAUGAAUGGCGUUGUAUUUUUCGACUGGUUCCGCACAUUUUUGCCCAUGCUACGGGAUGGGGCUGUGAUAGUUAUGGACAAUGCUCCAUACCACAGCACCAAAGUAGAAAAAUUUCCAACCAUGGGAUGGAAAAAAAACGAUAUUAUCGCGUGGCUCAUUGGUAAGGGGGAAAUCGUUCAACCACAGUAUGUCAAAGCACGGCUGCUGCAAUUAUCAUACAAGUACAGACGCCAUGAAUACGUCAUCGACGAAUACGCCAAGCAGCACGGGCAUACUGUGGUACGCCUACCCCCUUAUCAUUGUGAGUUAAACCCCAUCGAGCUAGCCUGGGCACAAAUCAAACAUUAUAUAAAGACUCGAAAUACCACGUGCAAACUGGAUGAUGUACAGAGAUUGCUAUACGAAGCCGUAGAAAAUGUGACCGCUGAGUCGUGGCAAAAUUUUAUUCGCCAUACUAGGGAUGAAGAGAACAGAUUCCAAGAAAUAGACAACAUAACAGAUAAUAUGCUGGACCAAGAUACUGGUGAGUGGGUGGAUCAAUCUGGGGACUCCGACGAUGACAGCGAUAUUUAAAUAUUAUUUUUUCUGUACACAUAUUCCUUAAAUACUACAUUUACUUGUAAGCAUGUAAAUAGCGCACCAAUGUACAUAUGGAUAUUUUUUUAUAAAUAUUAUACGGACUCAACGUGUGCAGACGCGCACGGCCUUUUACUCACGUGUAUCAUUCUGUACUCUCCCUAAUCCACCCUACUAUUCUUUCACCCGGUACAUUAAACUCGCGAUUGAAGCGCCUACCGCAGUAGGAGUUCGAAGCUCACUAAGUUCCCCCAUUAUCUUCCAACCUGCGCGUAGCAGUUAUGGACUCUGGUGAACUCGACAAUAAUUCGAGAUUCGACAUCUCGGCUGGGUGUAUGCAAUGUCUGGUUCCCAA